UAAGGAGUGACUUCAGGUUAUUUGUGAAACACAGCGUAGUAUACCGUUCUUAACAAAGAUUUUAGCCAGAAAAGUGACCAUAUAUUUUUGAAACAGGUACCUGAAUGGCUUAGCACUGGUAAUGAGCCACACCGCCAGUUGGUGAACCUCUUCAGCUCAUUGUCUGUAGCCUUCCUCAAACUGGUCACGGUGAGACCAUUAGCACCAUGUUAAUUGACUAAAGACAGAGUAUUCACACUCAUCUAUUUUAAAUCACGUUGACAAAUUUUUCUGCAAAAGAAGACAAUUCAUUCUUCAUAGCAGAACUAGUUUGUCAUUAGCACAACAAGCACAGCCAUCGAACUGUGGUAGGGCCUAUAGACCUACUAGUAGUAAAUGUGGAUAGGCCUAACCACGUGGACUGUCACCCUGAGAGUACAGUAAGGUGACAAGUUAAUGAUCUCCUGCCUACAGCACCUCCUGGCGGGAACUUCAUAGCCGCAGUCAGAGACGUGAGAGGAACCAGUGCGUGAUACGAGGCAGCUAACUGGCAGUAGAGUGUGGUUAGAUACUUAAUCCCCUGCUUUGUAUUGCAGAUACAUGAUCUGGUCUUUUCACUGUUUUUUUACAACAAUUCUGUUUUCUACGAGUCAACUGGCUGUCACGCAAACAUACUUUAUGUAUUUACUAUACUGUAAAACUGAACAUUGCUGUUGAGUGGGAAGGCGCUUGCCCCUUUUCUGCUACAGCGACAAUGAUCCAUAGAGAUGGCGCAGACGACAACUGCUACAUUUUUUUAAUAAGUUCAAGCCUAUUGUGUGGUUACUUAGCCGUGCCGUCACCCGACUCUCACAUUCCAAAAUUAGAUUGUUUGGAAAAUAUCACAUUUUACUGUAACAUUAUCUCCGAAGACGGCGUUCUACAUAAGAAGGAGAAUAGUCAAAAAAUCUUUGUACUUACGACGGUAAGACAGAGUGGGGCACCUUCGCGAUAUGGGAGGGAAUAUUUGCCGCAGUCCAACCCUGAUCUGUAUCUGUAUGGUGCUGGUGGUCCAUGCAGCUCUCUCAGCAGUUAUACCAGGAUAUGUGGAGGUUAGUGGACAGGAAGACUAUGAGACGGAGAAUCAGGAUUACCCGGAGGACCUCCUGAGUGAUGGACUUGACCGAAGCAGCGAAGAUCUUUCCGAUUUAUUCGUCAAAACUAUGAGAGUCCCAUUCCUCAGGAAGAGCAGAAACAUGGUAUUUAUCUUGGGGCUGGUCAGAGGAGAGAAUGAGGAACCUAAGAGGGGUGGAUUCUCGAUCAACAGAGGAUAGCAGCGGAACUGCAUACACAGUAUCCUAAGAAAAAAAAAAAGACCACCGCUACAUAGAGGCACAAAGUGAUGUUUGCCGGUACGAACCAAUUACGGCACACCACUAAAAUCUGUUAUGAACAGACUUCUCUCGAACAGGCAAAAUGCCUUUUUGGCAUAAACAGCCACAAGAACCGUGAUAUGUUCAGUCAAUAUAAGAGAGAUUUACGCUUGGUAAUGGGUGGAGUAUUCAUGUCGUGCAUGCAAUUAUCGGAAAUCUCAACUUGAACAAAUCCUGCCAAAGAAGACGUGAAAGCCGCCACUGUCUCUCACACGACACUCACGUUACUUUACACUCUGUGGAUCAACGUGCAGGCUUUAAGACGAAAACAUCUUAAA